CGGUGGCGGCUGAGACUGAGGCGGCGGCAUCUCAGCCGAGGAGGGUGCACCCCGGGCACCCUUGCAGACCCCAUGGAGGCGGCGGCGGCGGGCGGGGGCUGUGGCACCGGGCCGCCGCCGCUGGUGCUGAGUGAGGGGGAGCAGCAGUGCUACUCCGAGCUCUUCGCGCGCUGCGCCGGCGCCGCGGGCGGGGGACCUGGGUCCGGGCCCCCAGAGGCCGCCAGGGUCGCCCCCGGCACGGCGACCGCGGCAGCCGGUCCGGUGGCCGACCUUUUCCGGGCGUCACAGCUGCCCGCUGAGACGCUGCACCAGAUCACAGAACUGUGUGGUGCAAAGCGAGUUGGUUAUUUUGGUCCAACACAAUUUUACAUUGCUCUGAAAUUAAUUGCUGCAGCACAAUCUGGCCUCCCUGUUCGGAUAGAGAGUAUUAAAUGUGAAUUGCCUCUGCCUCGCUUUAUGAUGUCCAAGAAUGAUGGUGAGAUACGAUUUGGAAACCCAGCUGAGCUGCAUGGAACUAAGGUUCAUAUACCAUAUUUAACCACGGAAAAAAAUUCCUUCAAAAGAAUGGAUGAUGAGGAUAAACAGCAGGAAACACAGUCUCCUACGAUGUCACCCCUCGCUUCCCCGCCUUCUUCCCCUCCUCAUUACCAGAGGGUGCCCUUGAGCCAUGGCUACAGCAAACUGCGGAGUGGCACAGAACAGAUGCAUCCAGCUCCUUAUGAAGCUCGACAGCCCCUUGUCCAGCCUGAGGGACCCUCAUCAGGGGGUGCAGGACCCAAGCCUCUUCGGCACCAGGCGUCCCUCAUCCGGUCCUUUUCAGUGGAGAGAGAACUGCAGGAUAACAGCAGCGGUUACCCUGAUGAACCCUGGAGGAUAACAGCAGAACAGCGGGAGUACUAUGUCAAUCAGUUCCGGUCCCUGCAGCCAGACCCCAGCUCCUUCAUUUCAGGUUCUGUGGCCAAGAACUUCUUCACCAAAUCAAAGCUUUCCAUUCCAGAACUCUCUUAUAUAUGGGAGCUUAGUGAUGCUGACUGCGAUGGAGCCCUGACUCUGCCUGAAUUCUGUGCUGCAUUUCAUCUCAUUGUGGCUCGGAAGAAUGGCUACCCACUGCCUGAGGGCCUGCCUCCCUCUCUGCAGCCAGAGUACCUUCAAGCAGCUUUUCCUAAGCCCAAGUGGGAGUGUCCAUUAUUUGAUUCUUAUUCUGAGACACUGCCGGCAAGCCAACAACCCCGUGACUUGAAUCGGAUAGAGAAGACAUCUGUUAAAGACAUGGCUGACUUUCCUGUCCCUACCCAAGAUGUGACUGGUGAUGACAAACAAGGUUUGAAAAGUACUACCAAUGAAGCCUUACCAAAGGACGUGUCUGAGGAUCCAGCAACUCCUAAGGAUUCCAACAAUCUCAAAGCAAGACCAAGAUCCAGAUCUUACUCUAGCACCUCCAUAGAAGAGGCCAUGAAAAGGGGUGAGGACCCUCCCACCCCGCCACCGCGGCCACAGAAAACACAUUCCAGAGCUGCCUCCUUGGAUCUGAAUAAAGUCUUCCAGCCCAAUGUGCCAGCUACUAAGUCAGGAUUGUUACCCCCUCCUCCUGCACUCCCUCCGAGACCUUGUCCAUCUCAGUCUGAACAAGUGUCCGAGGCUGACAUACUCCCACAGCUGAACAGAGCCCCUUCUCAGGCUGCAGAAGGUAGUCCAGCUAAGAAGGACACACCAUAUUCUCAGCCCCCAUCGAAGCCCAUUCGUAGGAAAUUCAGAUCUGAACAUCAAACUGCAGAAAACCAUGAGCCGUCUACCACUGUAAGCGGGCCAGCUUCUGUAGCAACUGUGAAGCUGCAUCCAACGGUCCAAAAGCAAUCUUCCAAACAGAAGAAGGCCAUUCAAACUGCUAUCCGCAAAAAUAAAGAGGCCAAUGCAGUGCUGGCCCGGUUGAAUAGCGAGCUCCAGCAGCAGCUCAAGGAGGUUCAUCAAGAACGGAUUGCAUUAGAAAACCAACUGGAACAACUUCGUCCAGUCACUGUGUUGUGACACCCAUGGUUCAAGUGACAGUGAAUGACCUCAUCUGCCAACAUCUUUCUUUCUCGUUUGAAUGUUUGAACCCCACUACUUGUCAUAGAUGUUUGACUGUGUCACCAGCUGUGAGCAGCAGAAUAUGAUCCAUAUGACCUUUUUCCUUGUAAUUCACUUGUACAUUUUACUGUGAUGGAAGAUACUUCAACUAAUUAUCACGCUUGAAAUUGUAAUUAUCAGUAGAAUCUCUCUCCAUUCUUAAGCACUGCCUCAAGGUGUUAGAUGCUGCUCUUUACCAAAAAUCAGUCUUCUAGCAAAUAAAAAUAAUUGAGCAUUAUUUAUUUAAGGAAUUUAUGAUUUGUAUAAAACCUUAUAACCAGGUACCUUCAGGAUGCUUGUUUUAUUUUUGUAUGUGUAUCACAUAUAGUAGGUUGGUUUCCUGAAUAAUUAGGAUUCCAACUGGCUAGUCUUUGGCAUGAUGAUAAUAAAAACAAAAGCUAAAAUAAAAUGAAAGCAUCAGAUUUAGACUGGCGCUGUGCCCUCCACCACUAUAUGCCAAAAAUUUCUUCUCUAGUGCCAUUUUGAUAUUAUAUCUAGCUAUAAAUAAUACAUGACUAUUGUUUUCUAUUGAAUGUCAAAGACUUAUUGGGUCUUUACACUUCUGUAAAGUGGAGGUUUUGGCAGUGAGCUAUUUAACUUGGCCAACCUAGGCCAUCAACCCAGAUAACUCAGUCCUUUCAUGUAAAUUUUUGGGCAAAAGCAAUCUGCUUUAACUGCCUCACCCGAUCAAAUUAAAUAAAUAGUUGCUAGAUCUCUACUUUUAUCCUGCAUGGGAUAACAUAUAUGUAAAUGCAUGAGUUUGGAAACCACCCAUCAAAUAUGAAAGGCUGAUGAGACUUUUUGGAUUGGUUAAUACUUGUUUUUUGAAACCAAGUAUCCAAACUGGGGAAGAAAGGGAGAUGGUUGUUACCUUCAAUUUAACAAUCUCUGGUAGUUAUUUUCAUCAACUUGGACUACAAAUGUAUCACGUAUAAAGAAAUAAUGAAAGGAAGUGUUCCUCAUGCUGGAUAUAUGACUGUUUUGUUCUCUGUGAAGUGUACCCCUGGGAAGUGAUUGGUUUAUAUCAGGUUCAGAGGAGUCCACCUAACUCCAAUGCAGGCGAUGUAAACCAAUAAGCUCAAAUUGUACAAGCUGGUAUCCCACAGAGAUUUAAGUAGCUGUUGCUUCUUCUGAAAGCCCAAGUUGAAAGUGGGAACAUAGGGUAAUGGGGUCACAGGGUCACUGGCCCUCAGAAAGCAUGCUAGCUUUCACAUCACUUCAAGAGACUAAUGGUGGGGUGGCACCUAUAGCUCAGUGGGUAGGGUGCCGGCCACAUACACCCAGGCUGGCAGGUUCGAACUCAGCCUAAGUCAGUUAAAUAACAAUGACAACUGCAACAACAACAACAAAAUUAUGGCUCCGUGCCCGUAGCACAGUGGUUAUGGCGCCAGCCACAUACACUGAGGCUGGCAGGUUCGAACUCGACCUAGGCCUGCCAAACAACAAUGGCAACUGCAAUAAAAAAUAGGUGGGUGCUGCGGUGGGCACCUAUAGUUCUAGCUACUUGGGAGGCUGAGGCAAGAGAAUUGCUUAAGCCCAAGAGUUUGAGGUUGUUGUGACACCACGGCACUCUACCAAGGGCAACAUAGUAAGACUCUGUCUCAAAAAAAAAAAAAAAAAAGAAAGAAAGAAAGAAAGAGAGACUAAUGGCAAGAAAUGCUGUCUCUCAUGCAUUUUGCUAAUUUCCCCCUUCUUAAGUUAGGGUGUACCUAGGGUCCUUUUAGAAGCAGUUUAGAUAGUCUGCAAUAUGUGGGAUUAAACCUUUGAUUGCAGUAGAGCUGAUAGCUUGCAGAAGAAGUAGGCAUUGACUUAAUGCUUCCUCAUUCCAUUGGUAAGCUUUAUCAACAGCUUAACAGCAGAGGAGAAAGGCACAAACAGAUGAUGUUUUUCCAAAGAAAAACAAAUUGUGAAUCUAUUCCAUGCAUGUUGAAGGAUUUUGAAUUGAUUUGAUUUUGAAAAUCGUGAAACUUGAACCAUUUCUCUGUUUUCUUUUAUCUUCCCUUUUGGUUGCCCUUUUUGUUCUUGUCAGGGAAGGAUUGAAAGUGAGUUUAAACCCUUCUUAAGAUUAUAAAUGGGUUGGUGCGGAUUUUUAGGUAACCUCUUUCCACAUGUCCUGAGAUCUGGGGGUUGCAACACAUGUUCUCAGCAGUGUUCUUACUGCAGACAUUUCACAGCGCACUGGGCUUUCUGGGGAAGACUAGCAUAUGCACUUUAUCUCAUAAUCUUCUAGAACAUAUGCACUCACUUGGGAUAGCACUUCAUAUCCAUUAACAAGACGUAUGAACUAAGGAAUGUUAGUAUACACUAUGCAUUUUAAAAAUAUUGACAUGCUUUUUCUUCCCCGUGAAGUCAAUGCCAGAGUGAGCCAAAUCAGGAUGUUGGGGUUUUGUUUAGUUGGUUUGGUUUUCAUUAAAGGAAAACACUCACAUCGGACAAAGUCCCCUGAGUUUCAUUGUCUUACCAAUAUUUUAAGAUAGGCAUUGCAUUAAAGCACACACCAAUACUGUCUAUACCCAAUCUUCUUGACAGGACUUAAUUGUGACUACAAUUUCUUAGUUGCUUGAAAGUAGAUUUUUAAAAAACAUGUAUUUGUGUGUGUAUAUACGUAGACACACGCACCAUAACUAUUAUUAUAUUAUUACCUAACUAGUGCUCAUCUUGUAUUUCUCUGUGGUCUUCGAAUGUGCAUUUUUAAUUUAAGGUUAUAAUGCCUGAUGAUGUUUCUGUGAGCCUUUAAUGCAGCAGUUCUCAACCUGUGGGUUGCGACCCUUUUGUAACAAUGAAAAUACAUUGCGGCAUCAGGAAGGUUGAGAACCACUGCUAUAAUGUGAUUUAUAGGGAGGCUGGGUUAUUGAAAUCACCAUUAUACCUCCAUUAUGAAACAACUCCAAACUUAGACCUGCUUGUUGGGGAGGAUUCUAUAGACAGAAGGUCAAUGUUGCUCCUGUCCAUGGGGGUUGAGUUACCUUCUUGUUAAGUGGUCUUCCCCCAGUGGGAUUCUACAGUCCCACAGAUGAAAGCAUAGUAGGAGCUCAGCAUCUCUUGUGUGUGGUGUAUUGCUUCUGCCAACUUCCUAUCCAGCAAACAUCGAAGCAAAACCAAAAGGUAGAUAUCUGGAAUGAGUGUGUGUGUUGUAAUAAAGGCAGAUUGCCUCAUGUAGAAGUAUCUGUUUCACAGAUAUUAACACUGUUUGGGCCUGAUUGGGAGAGGAGGUAGCUUAGCUAUAAGCUAUGCCCAUCAUUGGAGAAUAAGGUAUCAGAACUGGGCAGGACUGGUAUCCAUCCCCUGAAGUUUGCUUGUGGGGAAACCAAUGCUGUAAGAAACAGAAGUGCUUGACCCAAGAAUCCCUAGAAAGAGGUAGCUAGCGGCAGCUUUUUAUGGAUCCUGAGUUAGGACUUCCACCCUCUAUCAAUGCUAAAAAUAGAUGAGAGGGUUUUUUUGUUUUUCUGUUUGUCACAUUGAAUUUCAAUGAUUUAAUUAUUCUUUAAAUAUGAAAACAUGUUUUUGAGGGUUUAGAUCUAGAAAUUUCUCUUGGACUGAAGUGAAAAAUAAAAGCCGAAGGAAAAGAAUAUGAUCGAACUAUUUGUUCUUCUGAACCACCUCACCUUUCAUGAUGCAAUAAGUUGCUCUAAGUUUCUUGGCAGAACUUUUGACAGCUGUUGCUUUCAGUGCAUUCCAUUCCUGUAUUCCUGAUGGGGGUUUGUUUUUAAAAUAGACUACUGUGAUUGAAAUGAACUCAAUAUGUAGUAAGUUACCGUUUUCUUCAAUAUAGCUUCGGUUCCUUGGGUCACAAAUGUUCAAUUUCAGCAUAUUUUAAGGCGAGUAAUCAAAAACACGAAUUUUCCUUUGAUUUCCUACCAGUGUCUGAACUGUCAUAAAGCAUUUUUCUCUUCAGAUGUGAUUUGAUUCUAUAGUAUGUUUCUAAGUGAUAUUUGUCUGUUUCUUACAUGAUCUCACAGGCAUUGUAAUAGAUGUGUACUCAGAUCAAUUAGGUAAUAUCUGAAAUUGAUGUGCUCUUUGCAAUUAAGGCAGACAUUUCCAAAUGUCUUUCUUUUAAGCAGUACUUGGAAAAAUUUCAAUUGCAGCAUAAUAUCUUAGAGCUAAAAAUAUUUGUUCAGUAUAAACUAGAAUCACACCUUCUGACUAGAUACCACCAAGGGAAUGUGAUUUUCAAAGUAUUUAAAAAACAAACAAACGUGAUUUACCAUAACAAGCAGAUUCUCCCAUAUUAUUGACAAGUUUGGCUCAUUGAUUGUGGUUUGAACAUUAUGAAUGUGAGCAAAAUGAAAUAGCAGUUAAGAAGCCUUUCCCCUCUCUAUUUGAAUAGAACCCUAGUAACUUUGGCUUCUCUUUCCAACUGGUUUACCGUGUUUCCAGUGUGCUCUUUUAAAACUGAUUUCAAAGGAUCAGUUGAAAUUGUAUUUUCAUUAUGGAUGUUUUGUUAGGGCUUUUCUUGGCCUCAUGACUCAGUGUGGUUCAAGGUCCUAGUAAGAAGUGGGGAUUUGGUUCUAGGGAGCCCUCAGCUGGCAUGUCUUGCUCCUCCCUUGGCCUAGUAGGUUAAGGGAGGUUGCCUACCAACUGUGACAGAUCAGUUAUUGAUGGCAGUUUGAAUGUGAGUGUCACUCUGUGAGCUACCCUGCUUUGCUUGUUUUUAAGGAGAAAGGCAUCUAGUCAUGUGAACCUCCCAAGAACAGCAGAUAAGGAGGGCCAGACUUUAAAAGCAAUGCAGAUGCUAAGAACUGCUUGCCCUUCCCCUAAAUUAAUAGGCUUUGGGUGGGGGGGCUGCCUUACCCACAUGCCCUGAGGCAGCCAGUCUGUUAGUGUGAGCAAGAUACCCCAGGCAUAUAGUUGCUUUAUGCUUGUAUAGUGAUUUUCUGCAUUUCCUAACACAUGUGAUCAUAAAGAACCUCUUCUCAGAGGCAUUGCAGGGUUUCAGUAAGACAAGACUUGUUCUAGUUACAGAAGCCUUGAUCUGUUGUCAACAAUUGGGGAAUACUUAUUUUUAAUGUUUUCUGAAUCCUUCUGUCUUGCUGUUAGCUAAGUUCAUGGCCCUGGAAGUUCAGGGAAAGUGAGUUUAUGACUCUGAAGAUCAGAGGACACCAGACUUCAGGAGGGCUGAAAUUGGAAUUUGGGGACUAUAAUGAGCAACUUUUAGAUAUCAGUUCCUGUUGGACAACAGGAUUAGAUCUAAAGCUCCUUUACGGAGCUCAGCUGUGGGACUGGAACAGUUGAUGUGAUAACCCCAUUGUGUGGAGAUUGGAUCAACUGAGUUGUGUUUUGAGUCAACUUGUAUGAGAGUGUCAGUUGCAUCUAUCUUGGGAACCAGGUAUACCCUUUUCUUUAACACUGCCAUCCUUUUUGUCUUCAGCACAAAUAAAGUGUUCAAGUGAGCCAGAGGCAAGAAGAGCCACUUUAGUCCUCACAGCUAUUGGCAGAGAGAUAAUGUGCUGAUGGUCUAUUUUAACCUUGAAAGUAAAAAUGUAUAUUUUUUCACUAUAGGUACAUUGAUCAGUAAAAGUGCAACAGCAAAGUAUAUAUUUGAUGACUUCUGUCUUUUCGUGGUAAUGUGCUAACAAGUUGUGUUAACAUUUUACUCAGCCAGAGCCUCAUUCAUUUGCUAAGCCUUUGGCACAUUAUGUAUAUUGACCUUAAACAUAAAUCCUGAAAGUGUCCUAUAUUUGGAUUGUAACUUGUAGACUCAAGCUAACCUUACUGCCUCUUUUUCACACUUGUUGAGAAGUCUGUGAAGAACAUAGUAGGUUAAGGAUCUCCAACUUUGGGAAAUAUACAUGAUGUGAAACUGGGGUGCUACGUUAAAAAUAAACGUAUGAUAACUAAA